AAAUAUGCUCAAGACAACUGUGGCAUUCAUCGUGGCCUGGGUGAGCUUGCUGUCCCUAACGGAUGGUAAGGCGGUACUGGAGGUGACACCCAAUCCAGGGGCAAUCUAUCACGGGGCCGAGCCAGGGGAGCCCGUACUGAGGGUGACGGCCUAUGAUAACGUCACUGAUGACGCCACUGUCGGACUGUCGGAGACUAACGAUGCUAGUUAUUUCGAGCUCGUGCAGCAGCCGCGUCAACCGAAGGAAUUCGCGUUAAACGUCAAGCUGAAGAUUGACAAGCCCGUCGGUUAUGUGUUCAAAUUUGUAGUUUACAUAAUGCAUGACAGUAUUUUAGACCAAACGAUAGUUAUAAACGUUACUGAAAAGAAUGCGUUCACGCCGACGUUUGAUCGACCGGAGUACACGUUUAUCGCGUUACGUAAUGGCGCCGUGGAGAAUCUGGCGGAGAUAGGAACCGUACACGCAUCCGACGCCGACGAGAAAUCGUACAAUAACCUGGUAAAUUAUCACAUUCUUGACUCAAAGGCCGGUCGAUACAUCGACAUCGGGGUGGAGACGGGGAUGCUCGAGCUCAUUGACGUACUUCCGGCGGACAGGACGAACAUAACGUUUAACGUAACGGCUAUUGACGGCGGGUCCCCGCAGAAGCUGAGCUCAGUGCGCGUGGUUGUUCGCAUCUCUGACUUAAAACCGCCGGACACGUUCUGCGUGGCAGUGGACGAGCACGAUGCGCGCGUCUGCUGGAAGGACCCCACGAACGGAAGUUACGUCAUGAAGUACGAGCUGACCUUGCAAAUGGAUAACGAGAACGCCACACAAACCGAAGUGAAGGUUGACGGUGUCCAGGACGAGACUUGCACCGUGGUUCCCGGCGAACAGCUGGGUAAAAACUACACGUUUACUGUUCGGAUAUUCAACGCUCUCGAGGAGAGCCCGGAAAGUUUGCAGCGUAAGGUGCGGAUCGCGAAAAAAGGCAUGUAUGGCGACUGCACACACUUCACCAGUUGCAGCAUCCUCCAGCCGUGCAAAAAUGGCGGCGAGUGUCUCGUGGCGGCGAAUAACUCCUACACGUGCAACUGCUCGCGGGGGUUCGGCGGAAUGAACUGCACGGGCGUAGACCACUGCGCAACCGACCAUUGUAAGAACGGGGGAACGUGUACGCCCAGCGGGAACGGGACCUUUACGUGUCAGUGUCCGGCGGACUACGUAGGCACACACUGUGAAAUUAUUGGCAUGCAAGAUAUUGAGGCCUCCGAUGACUUCAAUCCGUGUUUUUCGUCGCCUUGUGAUGAGGCCUCCGAUGACUUCAAUCCAUGUUUUUCGUCGCCUUGUGAUGAGGCCUCCGAUGACUUUAAUCCAUGUUUUUCGUCGCCUUGUGAUAACAAUGGGACAUGCCUACCUAAUAGCACAGGUUUCCGUUGCCAGUGCGGGAUUGGUUUUGGAGGAACUCAUUGUCAAAACAAAUUGUGCGCGAACCAAACUUGUUGGAACAACGCUUCCUGUUAUGUGAUAAAUGGCGAUGCAUGGCGUCCACAGUGCGAGUGCCCGAAACUAUUUUACGGCGAAAAUUGUGAAUUCUUAAACUUCUGUAUGCUGGAUGAUUUUUGCCAUCUUGGAGUGAACUGUAAUGAAAGUCAUAAGCUGCAAGGGAUGGUUGAUAUAAAUUUAAAAAUAGAUAAUAACUCUGAAUCGUUGACAAAUGUCACGGUAAAAAAUCUACCCAAUUGCGUCUGCGGUAAUGGUUCCAAUGGUCGCCAGUGCGAGAUUCUGUCCCCGUGCGCACUCAACCCAUGUGGGAGUGGCAAGUGCGUGCCCGAUGGUCAAGGACACGUGUGUACUUGCCUGGACAAAACCCAAAGGAUUAACUGCGACCCGGUUAACUGUUCGGUGGACCCGAACUACUACGAUAAAACCGGACGUUACGUGUGGCCGGAGACGGCGGUAGGGCAGGUAGCACAAGUCAAAUGCCGUCUGGGAGCCAAGAACAUCCGUAGCUUUGGUUAUGCCGUGCGGAACUGCACCGUGCGGACAGACGGAACUCCCGUCUGGGAGACACCUAUCACCGACGUGUGUAUCGAGUUCAACCCGGAUGCGGUGAGUGCGAACCUGCGUAGCCUAGCAGCGCUGACGAGGGACGCUUCCGGUCUGCACAGUGACGAGAUCGCCAACAUCACGACGCUACUGGAAGAGUUCUUCUACUUCUCUGUCGAGAACCACGAGAUCGCGGUCGAGAUGACUAUGGUGGUGGGUAACCUACUGACUGCCAACGAAUCGGUGAUCAUAGAGAGUAACUCGCGCAACCACUCGAGCGAGAGGUUGCUGUGGCUUCUAGAUGAGUACGUCUCGAAAGUUGCAACCGACUCGUCUGUUACGAUAGAGACUGAAAACAUCAACCUUCAAGUUGUGAACCACACGAGACCCGACCUGGGAUUCACAUAUUCUCCGAAACUUACCGAAUCUGAUCGACUGACUUCAAGUGGAAUAAGUUUGAUUCUACCAUCUGAGGCUCUGACGUCAUCAACCGGAAAUUCCAGAAUUCAACUUAUGACCUUCCGGUCGUCCUCUUUUUUCAUUCCCCUAGCGGAAGUACCGCCGCAGGACGUUGUGUUACGUCAGAGGGUGGUUUCAGCCGUCAUCAAUGGGCGGAAAAUCACAAACCUGAGCACGCCCGUCGAAAUAAAGAUUCAAAAUAUACAGGAUGGCGAAAACCAUACGUGCGUGUACUGGGAUGAAAGGAAGCGCGCCUGGUCGACAGAGGGCAUGGUGACCUUCAGUCAGCAAGGCAAUCAGACACACUGCCUGUCCCACCAUCUCACCAGCUUCGCCAUCCUUCUGGACCCAUCCCCGGACGUGUCACUGAACGACCACGAGCGGAUCCUAACCUACAUUUCGUACAUAGGCUGCGGAAUCUCCAUCCUGGGCCUCACCUUGACACUGAUUUCAUAUUCCCUCUUCCGGUGCCUAAACAGAGAAAAGUCAGGGAAAAUCUUGAUGAACCUUAGUACGUCGAUGCUGAUAAUGAACGUCGUCUUUGUGGUCGGCUCCGAGUCGUCACUGUCCCUAUCCGGCGAUGUCGUCUGCAAAGCUGUCGCCAUAUUGCUUCACUAUUUCCUCUUGAGCACGAUCGCCUGGAUGCUUGUCGAAGCGAUCAACAUGUAUCAGGCGCUCAUAACCGUAUUUGCGAAAUACUCGGGAUUCUUCAUGUUGAAGAGAUGCUUCUUUGCAUGGGGUGCGCCUGCGCUGAUAGUGAUAAUCACGGCCGCAGUUGACAUAGACAACUACAAGACAUCCACAUCGCUGUGCUUCCUGUCGCAAGGCAACCAGGUAGCGUUCUUCGUAGCGCUCCUUAGUCCCGCGUGCCUGGUGCUGCUCAUCAACUUCGCCAUCUUCAUCAUGGUGUCACGUGUUAUAUUGCGUCCAAAGUUCAAAGGUCAGGUGAACGCAAGUAGCGACUCGCUGAACCCCGCGCAGAUCCGGGGCGCGUUCACCGUGAUGACGUUGCUCGGAGUGACCUGGGUGUUUGGUCCCCUGGCAAUCAACGAGGCGAAGCUGGUUAUAAAUUAUUUGUUCACCAUCCUGAACUCUCUUCAAGGGUUCUUGAUUUUCGUGUUCCGCUGUUGCUUUAAUCCGGAAGUGCGUAUGUCUUGGGUCUUGCUGGUAAAAACUGGUAAAUUCAAGCGUCGGAAGGGGCCAUUGUCGGCAUACACGUCCGAUACCUCGUCGAAGGUUGAUAGCGGUAAGAUGAACGGAAGUUACGCCGAUGCGGUGAAGCCUAACAUGUUUAACAGUCUGGGAAAGCCAAAGCAUACGCUGAACAACGAUAAAAACCUCGAUACCAAAAACACCAAAAAUACAAAUCUUCAAUCCAAGACCUCCAAAGAUAUCCCCGAUUAUUACGAUGACUUCAAACAGUACAAUGGCGACAAGGGUCGCAACUCGAGCAUGUCUACACAGAGUUCACGACUUUAUAACCGAAACAGUGACCAAAACGAUCGGAUGGAUCACGGACUAAGAAAUAGUGGCUUUUAUCCGAGAAACGGGCACCGUCUAAGUGAAAGUAGUUCAAGAGAUGACAACGUUGUGCGCAGUCGCUCGGAGCUUGAUCUUCGUUAUAGUGGACGCUGGGAAAGCGGAAGUGACUAUAAUAGAAACAGUAGCGACCAUGGAAGCAACGGUUUGGUAACCAUAUACACUGGGAAAUACAACGAGGCGCACAGAAGUUCUGGGUUUUUGGCUUCACGUUUGGAUGAGUUUACUCGGUUGUAAUUCGUCGGUUAAAUACAACACGCGUUGACACUGUAAAAGACUUUGUAAGAUGUGUCUUUCUUUUUCGAGUGCGCUGGUAUUACUCUUUUUAUUAUUUUGGCUAUCCAAUUGUUCAGAAAUACAUUCAAUUAUUGCAUGUUACACAUUUCUUUCAGUGUGUGUAGAACAUUGAUUUGUUGCGUCGUUCGCGGGUUUGUAUUUCUUAAAAUAUUCAGGAUCAUGUUUAUAGUUGUAUCACCUAUACCCAAUAUGCGUUGUAAUUGUUAUUACAAAAUAAGGCUAUAUAUGUCUGCCAGAGCAAUGUUAAGUAAAAAGAAAAUAAAUAAUAAAUGUACAAUUGCCAAUUAAUGUUUUAAAAUAUGUUCAAGAAUAAUUUAUUUUCCCCUAUAAAAAUAAUUGUGUGUUUGUUAUAUCAAAAUUCAAACAUCUGUUAAGAUAGCUUUACAACAAAAAAUGCAUGCCUGGUAUAUCAUUGUAUUAAUAAAACCGUUAGAUUUGUAGCUGUGUAAAAAUAUUGCAAAGUUUAUAGCAGAUAUACAUGCAGUUAAGUAUAGCAGCAUGAUCGUAAACUCUAUGUUGAUGUAUACUAAUAUGUAAUUAAUUUGUUAUAUACAUGUAUGUGCAUUAUUACAUUUUUCUGCGUUCAUUUUUGUCGUUUGUCAGCCCAUCCAUGUCAUUUUGUAAACAUUUUUAGUUUUUAAGUUUUGUUAAGGCCAUAGCAAUUUAUGUUAUAACAAAACUUAUGAAUAUGUGUAAACCUUUUUUUUAUUAUUUUUCCUUAGAUGCGAUGUUAAAAUGCAUAUAUCUGUUUUAUUUAACCACCUGAUAUAUAAUUAUACGUGGGCAAUAUUACAUUUAAAUAAACCUUAACAAGUUCCCUUUCUUUUGUAAACAGAAUGUUGUUGCUAUAUAUGUUUAUUAAUUUAAAAUUGUAAUUUUAUUUGGAUUGAUUUCAUUUUAUACGUGUGUAAGCGCAGGGUCCGAAUUCAGAAAGCUCCUUAAAAUUUGAACUCAAUUAUCUGUUAUUCACAUAACUUUUCGUUUCCAUCAAUGUUUGAUUGUUUAGAAAGUAAGUACCGGUGCGUAUGCUAAAAUGUUUAUCACUAUUAACCCAUUUAUGCCUAGUGGACUGUCCCAUCCUUCUAAAUUGGAUCAAUUAAUUUCAAAAAUUAGGAAUGUCUAGUAUAUUUAUUUCUAUAUUUAGAAUAUUUCUUACAGAAAUUCCUUUAAGCAAACAGCGCAGAUCCUGAUGAGCCGCAUCAUGCGGCGUCUCAUCUGGGUCUACACUGCUUGCCAGGGCCUUUUUUCUAGACGCUAGGCAUCAAUGGGUUAAGCCAUAUUGUAACGGAACGGAUGAAACUACACAAACCAUGAUAUGAUCUCAAAUUUCCAUGGACGUUCGCAUGUUCAAAGUAAAAUUUAAAAAAAGUAAAGUUUCACAUGCAUUUAAAGGGUCAUGUUUCACAUGCAUUGGCAUAGUUCUGUCUACAAUGCAAUACAUCAUUAUGUUUAUAAACUAUAAACAUGUAUUAAUUUUACGUUGUUCUCUACAUUGCAUUUUUUUCUUUAUUGUUUACGUCGCUAUCACAAUCUACGUCGUUUUACGUUUGUGUAUGACGGAUAUUUCAUUUUAAGUUCUGUAUUUGCAUCUUAAUACAUCCAAACAUUAGUAAAUCAGGUCAUGGUCAUUUGUUUUAUUGUUUGUUUGUAGGACUGUUUAUUUCCAAUAUCAUCUUCGUAGAUUCAUAAUUUGUAGCCGUUGUUUUCAGGCACGUAUUUUCAGAAAGCUCCAUUAGGAACACUAAAAGGCAAUUUCAUUAAAUUGACUUGGUAAAAUUCAGUUGGCAACUUAUUCUUUGACGUGCAUGUCAUUUUGCAUGAAACUAUUCCAUACACGUAUAUAUUGCUUAAAUGACAUAACGUUUGUUUGUACAUAUCUUAUUGUUUCACGAUAGAAUAUCGAACAUUAAAAUGUCGUUCAGUCAAUCGUUAGGUUUGAUUUGCCCAAGAAGCUUUCUAAACACGACCACAUCAUUUUUUAAACACCAUUUCCACGUUGCCAUGUUAUUUAUUUUUAUUUGUUUUGCAUUUGAAAUUUAAAAAUUUAAAAAUCUACAUUUUGGUUUCGUUUUAUCGAUGUAUUGAUGCUGUUUGAUUCAUUUUGUCAUAUUUUAGUAUGUGGACGUAUUUUUUGGAAUUAAAAAGCGGACUUUGCGAGUUUUGUUUUUAUUCAAUUGCUGAUGCGAAACUUUUUUUUUGCUGUCAUCCAUUGUACAGUAUUAUUUUUUGGAAUAAAUAAUACAAUUAUU